UUUCCCCUUCAGUUACUUCUCCUGCUCAGAGAAUCCACAUCAACCUGCUCCUCUUCCACCUAACAUGCUGGAGCUCCUGGCGUACCUCCACGACUCGGAGCUCGUGGCCCAGUUCCAGAGACGAUGCGGACUCUUCCUAGUCGACGCCGCGCAUCACAGCAAAGAGAGGACGCGCGCUCCGACUGGAACCCCAGUCCAAGCAGAUGAACCACGUGGGCAGCUGAAGGGAAGAUGGGACCACCAGGAUAAGAACUCAAACUAUCAAUACAAGGAGAAUGGUGGCUGCAGCAGGCCUCAGUACGAGGUGAGGAACCACCUGUUGCACUUCCUCUUCCUGCUCUCUGCAGGCCUGGGCCAUGAAAUCUUCUACAUCACCUGCCUGCCGUGCAUACACUGGAACCUGGACCCGUUCCUGUGCCGACGCCUCGUCAACAUGUGGACCCUGGUGAUGUACAUCGGCCAGUUGAUGAAGGAUGUGCUGAAGCUGCCUCGCCCUCUCUCCCCCCCUGUGGUCAAGCUGGAGACGCGCGUUGAUGCAGAGUACGGGCUGCCCUCCACCCACGCCAUGGCCGCCACCGCCAUCUCCUUCACGGUUUUACUGAGUGCUCAGCCCAGGAUUCAGUUCCAGUUCGAGGUGGGUUUGCUGAUCGCACUGACACUGUCGUCUUUGGUGUGUCUGAGCCGCCUCUACACUGGCAUGCACUCAGUUUUGGAUGUGAUCUGUGGUGCUUUGAUCUCAGCCAUCAUCUUGUUCCUCACUUACCCAUACUGGGAAACCUUCGACAACUUCCAGCUCAGGAGCAGCAUCUCCCCCGUCGUGGCAUUGUCUCUGCUCCUCUUCCUCAGCUACACGUACCCAGAGCUGGACCAUUACAGCCCCACGCGGGGGGAUACGACCACCAUUCUCGGGGUCGGGGCCGGGUGCUCUGUGGGAUACUGGGUGAAUGAGCAGCUGGGGGAGACUUUUGAGCCCAAGGGGGUGCUUCCUGUACCCCUACCCACACUGACGCUGACUGUCCUGGCACUGGGUGCUGCUCGCUUCGUGGUGGGAGUUGUAGCCUUAGUGGGAACUCGGCAGGUGGUGAAGACACUGAGCCUGCAGGUGUUGCACGCAUGGUACAGAGUGCCAAAAAGUGACGACAGUGCCAGGAGGAAGCGAGAGAUCGAGGUGCCGUAUAAGUUUGUCACAUACACAGCUGUUGGACUUGUUAAUUCGAUACUGGUCAAUAGAGUCUUCAUUCUACUGGGGAUACUAUGACCUAUUAACACAAGACUGAUGUAUAAAUGACCUGAACUGAACAAUUUACCUCAUAUUUAUUUCACUGUGUAUCAAAUGACCUUUUUUUUUACAUGUUAACUUUCUUACACAAGAAGCUUUUGCCGGGCAUAAUUCACAAGAGUGUACUUGUAACUAAGCUGAAAGCAAAUAAAAUGUUUUGCUCACGUAGCAAUGAAGUU